GAUUCAGAGAAAUCAAAACUUGAUGAGCAACAAAAUGGACGCCUUAAACGAUCAACGUUUUUCACAACAAAAUAUUUACUGAGCUGUUCAGAGACCCUCCCGUAAACACACCCGAUGCUGACAGGCUUGAAGAACAAUGGCGGAAUCUUCACUAAAGAUAAGAGAAGUCAGGAGAAAGAGCACAGACAUUAUACCUCCAAAUAUGUCAUCCUCCAGUGGUCCACCUACUGAGGAGCUCCAGUGCUCUGUUUGUCUGGACGUGUUCACUGAUCCGGUCACCACUCCAUGUGGACACAACUUCUGCAAAACCUGCCUGAAUACAUGCUGGGAAAACUGCCAGACCUGCAGCUGUCCAUACUGUAAAGAAACCUUUAAACAAAGACCUGAUCUGAAGAUUAACACAGCUCUCAGAGAGAUCUCAGAUUGCUAUAAAAUCAAGGGUCAUCACAAGAAACCUGAAGUUUUAUGUGACUUGUGUGGGGACAGAAAGCUGACAGCAUUAAAGUCGUGUCUGGUGUGUCAGAGCUCUUACUGUGAAACUCACCUGGAGCCUCAUUUGAAAGCAGCAGGAUUAAGGAAACACAAACUGAUGGAUCCUGUGAGUAAUUUAGAGGACUAUAUCUGUCAGACACACCAGAGACCGCUGGAGCUCUUCUGCAGAGAUGAUCAGAUGUGUGUGUGUCUCCAGUGUGUCGUGACAGACCAUAAAACACACAGAACUGUUUCUCUAGAAGAGGAGAGUAAAGAGAAGAUUCAGCUGAUGGAGACACAAAGACAUGUACAGAAGAUGAUCCAAGACAGAUUCAAGGAGAUUGAGGACAUCAAACACUCAGCAGAAGCCAGAAGAAGAGUUUACACUGAACUGCUGGAGCUGAUGGAGGAACAGGAUUCAGAGCAGAUGUCAGCGCUGGAGCAGGAGAUCUCUGAGCUGAAGAGCAGAAACACUGAGCUGGAGCAGCUCUCACACACUGAAGAUCAUCUACACCUCAUACAGAUUCACUCUUCUCUGAGCAGCUUCAGAAACACCAGGAGCAGGUCUGAGAUCAGCAUGAAGAAUCAGGAGACGCUGAAGGAAGCUCUGAUUAAACUAAGAGACUCGAUAGAUGCGAAACUCAAGCAAACUGUCUCUGCAGAGAUGAAGUGGAUGCAACAGCAUGCAGUGGAUGUGUCUCUGGAUCCUCAUACAGCUCAUCCUAAACUCGUCCUGUCUGAUGAUGGAAAACAAGUGAGAGAUGGAGACACAAGACAGAAACUACCAGAUCAUCCAGAGAGAUUUGAUACAUGUAUAUUUGUCCUGGGAAAGGAGGGAUUCUCCUCGGGGAGAUUUUAUUUUGAGGUGCAGGUGAAGGGAAAGACUGACUGGACGAUAGGAGUGGCCAGAGAAUCCAUUAAACGGAAAGGAGAGCUAAAACUAAGUCCCAGAACUGGAUUCUGGACUGUACGGCUGAUUAACAGGAAUGAAUACCAUGCCUGUGAUGAUCCUCCAGUCUCUCUGUCUCUGAGAGUGACUCCGCAGCGGGUCGGUGUGUUUGUGGAUUAUGAGGAAGGUUUGGUCUGCUUUUAUGAUGUGGAGUCCAGCUCUCAUAUCUACUCUUACACUGCUCAGUCUUUCAGUGAUAAUCUCUAUCCAUUUUUUGGCCCAUGCAGCAAUGCUAAAGGUACAAACUCGACUCCACUGAUCAUCACACCGAUCGAUUACAGUUACUGAACUCACACCCUGAAUGUGUUGGUGUUUGUGCACAUGAUGAAUGGAGUAGUUUUAUAUUGUUUACAUUGUGGAUGUUGUAGGCUCACAUGCUUGCACUUUCUCUCUCUCUCUCUCUCUCUCUCUCUCUCUCUCUCUCUCUCUCGUCAACAGGCUUAUGCAUUAAAAUACACAACAAAAUAAACUACUUUUUUUAACUGUCAUAUGAAAUUUAAGGAUUAGGAUUCAUGCAGGACUCGUUGGAAUUGGAAUGCAGGAAUCAUUAAUGUAAUUUGCUACUGGUGAAGAUUUGAUUUACCUGCCUACACUGAAUCCAGUUCAUAUCGGAUAUAUUUCUGCAUGUGAGAGAGGCCUGAAGCUGAUCUGUGUAUUGGUCACUUGAUCCAUGUGGUGUAAAUUUGGCCUUAGAGUCCUCUGUUUCAGUCAUUGUUUCAUGAUUUGUUAUUAU